AUGGCGCCCGAACGGUGGGAUGAUGAGGAGGACAGUGCCUCGCCUCCUCCUGUGGCUCACCGUCGCAGAUUUGACGAUGAAGAAGAAGAGGAGGUUCUCGACUCCUGGGACGCCGCCGAAGACUCCGAAGUAGAGCGGGAAAAGGCAGCCAAGGCGGCCGAAGCCAAGGCUAAGGCUGACGCCGAAGCUGCCGCAAAUAAGAAGAGCAAGUCGCAGCGUAUACAGGAGCACAAGGAAGAGCGCAAGAAGAAGGCCGAGGAGGACGAUUCCGAGAGCGAGGAGGACGAUGCCGACAAGAGAGCCCGUCUGCGCCGCGCCCAGAAGGAUUCCGAUCUCAAGCACGCUGAGGAUCUGUUCGGUGAUAUCGACCUCAACCGGAACCGCGGAGCUCCCAAGGCUAUCGUUAUUAGUGACUCGGCCGACCCGACGCAGGCCGUCGAUCUCUCUGCCAUGCCUCUGUUCAAGCCUACCACUAAGGACCAGUUCGCUCGUUUGACUUCCACCCUUAUCCCGCUCUUGACUCCCCAUUCAAAGAAGCCUCACUAUUCCCUCUGGGCGCAGGAGUUCGCUAAGCAGCUUGUCAAGGAACUGAACAGCGCAGAUGUCAAGAAAAUUGCUAGUGCUAUGACUACUAUGAGUAACGAAAAGAUGAGAGAGGAGCGCGCCGCUGACAAGGGUAACAAGAAAAGUAAGGCGGCCAAGACGAAGGUGUCGCUGGUUACUUCCAGAGAUAACAAGCUUGAUGCUGAUUAUGACAAUGGUGAUGAUGGAUUGGGUGAUGACGAUUUCAUGUGA